AUGACCUUUGAGGAUAUGCACAUUGACUUCACUGAGGAUGAGUGGGUUUUGAUGAAUCCUUCCCAAAAGAGUCUCUACAAAGAUGUGAUGCUGGAGACAUACAGGAACCUCACUGCUACUGGCUACAGUUGGAAAGAGCAUAAUUUUGAAGAGUAUUAUCAAAGUGCUAAAAAACAUGGAAGGUAA